AUGGAGGAGCAAGCUGUAAUGUUGGAGAAGGUGUCAUGGUCUAUAAACGUGAAACAACGAUUCGACGAUAAACUGUUCAAAAUUCGAGUUAAUGCUGCAAAAAACAGUAUUUUCUUAACCGAAACUACUUACCAGAAGUUAAUAAAUAAUGUACAAAAAGUCAAAAUGACUACUGAGAAGGAACCCAGGGACUAUUGGUUGCUGAAUCACUAUGAUGUGAUGAUUGUAGAAAACAAAAGUAAACUCAUUUAUCUUGUUAAAGAAGGCGUCAGUACUAUACAGUAUUAUGUCAUGAACUCAGAGUUAUUUCAUGUACUUCAUGAAGCUCAUUUGGCUAUUGGACACGGAGGACGUGAUAGAAUGGUAGAUCUUAUUGGCUUUCAGUCUCAGCCAGAUAGAGAAUACAAAUUUAUUAUGGUGUACCAAGAUCAUCAUACAAAAUUUGUGAUUCUUAAGUCUCUAAUGUCAAAAAGAGCUGAAGAAGUAGCCUACAACCUAGUGGACAUAUUCUCAUUGCUUGGAGCGCAAUCUAUAUUACAGUCUGACAAUGGUAGAGAAUUUGCCAAUAAUGUGGUGACCAGCUUGAAGGAGUUUUGGCCAGCACUGAAGAUCGUCUAUGGGAAGCCUCGCCAUUCACAAAGCCAGGGUAGUGUCGAAAGAGCUAAUCAACAUAUUGAAAAUAUGUUCUGUACUUGGAUGCAGGACAACAAAUCUGACCGCUGGAGUGAAGGACUGCAUUUCAUUCAAUUUAUGAAAAAUAGAGCUUAUCAUUCUGGGAUCAAAAGAACACCACACUAA